GCGCAACAUGGCAACGCGCGGCUCGCGUCGUUCUCGAUGACGGCGCUCUGGCUCUCUUUCACUUUGUCUGAUGCUUUCGUCGAAUUCGAAUCGAAUAAUUCGAUUAUCUCAAGCGCGUAGAUUCGAGCCAAGAAAAAUCUUUCUGGAUAGCACGAGCGGUACGGUUAAAAAAGCGAGAGAGAAAAAUCUUUGAAGGUCUCAUUUUACGGAUGGGAGAGGGGCGGUGGAGGGCGGUUCGACCUACUCUACGACACAGUGUCGUCCAGUCAUUGUCGGUGCUAUUUCGUGUUGCAAGAAAGCACGUCAAAUCACGUCGCAGGACUCGAACGGUGUACCUCCCGUAAGGACAUUCUGUUAUUUUCGAUCCGCCCUAUACGCGCGUGUGUGCGUGUGAGUGUGUGUGGGGUGUGUGUAUGUGUGUGAGUGUGCGUGUGUGUGUAUGUAUGUAUAUAUAUUUGUUCUGUGCGCGAUUUUGUGGAGGGUUACGAUGGAAUACGUGCAGAUAAAGGACAUCCGCGCGGGGCAGAAGAACAUCAACGUAGUGUUUAUCGUUUUGGAGGUUAGCCAUCCUACCAUAACCAAAGAGAACCGCGAAGUUCGAACGUUCAAAGUGGCCGAUAGCACCGCUUGCAUGAACGUCUCCAUCUGGGACGAACCUGGACAACUCCUGAUGCCGGGUGAUAUAGUACGGCUUACCAAGGGUUAUGCGUCCGUUUGGCGACAAUGUCUGACCCUUUAUUCGGGAAAGAACGGUGACAUUCAGAAGAUUGGCGAAUUUUGUAUGGUAAUCAACGAGCAGGUGAACAUGAGCGAGCCGAAUCCGAUGCUGGUGCAGCAGCUUGUUAAUCGGGAUCAAAGUGGCUCCGGCCCGCCCAGCAGCAACAUCAACAACAGCAUCACCAACAACGGCAAUGCCAACAGUAUCUCGGGUCAAUCAGGACGGCAGCCUUUGGUACAUAACUCAUUAAGAACAUCACCCGUGACGAUUCCGUCGGCGAGUCAGCGCGGCACUGCGCGGCACGAAUUUUUGCAAGUCAAAGUAACACAACAACUCCUGGUAGCGGAUCCGCGGCAAGUUCGACGACCGCAAAGAGCGGAAACGGCGGCAGUGGAGGCAGCGGCAACGGUGGCAACACCACCAGCAGCGGUGGAGGCAGCGGUGGCAGUGGCAGCGGUUCAGGACUAUCCGGUACCUCGGUGCGAUACUCCUCGUCGGACUCGACGACGAAGUCGGCGCCGACGACAAAGAGCAACUCGCGCGGACGCGGCGGCUACAGGAACGGCGGUCGUAGCGACCGGAGAUAACACACGAGAAGGAAGCGGCUGAUCAUAUGUGUGUAAAUGAGUGAAUGAACGAAUAAACGUGAUGCGCGACAGAUCUGUGUGACUGUGGCUAUGUUUCAAAAUUGAUUGCCUAUAUUGAAAAUCUCUAGUGCACGUAACUGUAGCAUUUUGAACGCUGGCAAUAAAUUUGGAGCACAGCCUUGUGUAAUAUAUAAUUUUUUCCUGUUUUUUUUAAUUUUAGUUUUUGAUGCAGGUUUUAUAAGCCAGAAAGUUACUUAUGUGUUGGAAGUAGAGAUUGACUAUCAUCUAUUUCAUCUAAGAGUGAACAUUG